AAUCAUAUUGCGAGAGACAGCGAGUGACAGCGAGGGAGAGAGAGUAGGGCAGCCAGACUUUGUGUGCAUCAUCAGUGUGUGUGUUUGCGUGUGUGCAGCUGGUGAGGGAGGGGAGGAGGGAGGGGUGUAUCCUAUCCUAGCGGGGAGCUUUUCCCUGUUGUAGUAACCAACCGCACGCCGACUGCCAGCCAUUACUUCACUGCAGCAGCAAUCACCCUCUCGGUACUUAGUGAGCCAGACACACUAACCUGUCUGUCCCCUCCUCUUUUCUCUCUCUCUCUCUCUGUGCAUAUAUUCAGCAGAGCUGCCCUCCUCUCCUCCUCAUCACUCUGCCACUCCUGCGGCAUUGCUCUCUGCUUGAAGGGGGACACUGGCCUGCUCCUCAUCCACUGAUUCUGCAUGACUGUCACAAAGAUGUCAUGGCGUCCGACCUACCGAAGCUCCAAGUUUCGAAAUGUCUACGGGAAAGUAGCCAACCGGGAGCACUGCUUCGAUGGUGUUCCCAUCACCAAGAACGUCCAUGACAACCACUUCUGUGCCGUCAACUCCAAGUUCCUCGCAGUUGUCACUGAGAGCGCCGGUGGGGGCUCCUUCAUUGUUAUACCUGUAUCUCAGUCUGGCCGCCUGGACUCUCAUCACCCGAAAGUGUGUGGCCACCAAGGCAAUGUACUGGACAUCAAGUGGAAUCCCUUCUUUGAAAACAUCAUUGCAUCCUGCUCUGAGGACACUUCGGUGCGAGUAUGGGAGAUCCCAGAGGGUGGUCUGAGGCGCAAUAUGACGGAGGCGGUGCUGGAGCUGUACGGUCACAGCAGACGGGUGGGUCUGAUCGAGUGGCAUCCCACCAGCAGCGGUAUCCUCUUCAGUGCCGGCUAUGACUAUAAGAUCCUGAUCUGGAACCUGGAGAUCGGCGAGCCAGUGAAAAUGAUCGACUGUCACACUGACGUCAUCCUCAGCAUGUCCUUCAACACAGACGGCAGCCUGUUGGCUACCAGCUGCAAAGACAAGAAGCUGCGAGUCAUCGAGCCACGUUCUGGGAGAGUCCUCCAGCAAGCCAGUUGUAAGAACCACCGUGUAAACCGAGUGGUGUUCCUGGGCAACAUGAAGCGGCUGCUCACCACAGGGGUGUCUCGCUGGAACACCCGGCAGAUCGCUCUCUGGGAUCAGGAGGAUUUGUCCAUGCCAAUUGUGGAGGAGGACAUAGACGGCCUCUCGGGACUGUUGUUUCCCUUCUAUGAUGCUGACACACACAUGUUGUACCUGGCAGGAAAGGGGGACGGCAACAUCCGCUACUUUGAGAUUACCACAGAGAAGCCGUACAUCCAGUACUUAAUGGAGUUCCGGUCCCCAGCCCCACAGAAAGGACUAGGUGUGAUGCCAAAGCAUGGGCUGGACGUGGCAGCCUGCGAGGUGUUCCGCUUCUACAAGCUCGUCACCCUGAAGGGUUUGAUUGAGCCCAUUUCAAUGAUUGUGCCAAGAAGGUCAGACACAUACCAGGAGGACAUCUACCCCAUGACAGCAGGGACAGAACCUGCGUUGUCCGCCAGCGAAUGGCUGAGCGGCAUUGAUAGAGACCCGGUUUUGAUGUCCCUGAAGGACGGUUACCACCGGCCAAACCAGUUAGUGUUCAAGGCCCCAGUGAAGGAAAAGAAGAGCGUGGUAGUGAAUGGGAUUGACCUGUUGGAGAAUGUACCACCAAGGACAGAGAAUGAGCUCCUGCGGAUGUUCUUCCGGCAGCAGGAUGAGCUCCGGCGGCUGAAGGAGGAGCUGACCACCAAGGACGUGCGAAUACGCCAACUGGAGCUUGAGCUAAACAACCUGAAGAAUGUUAGCCCCAACAACGUCUGACCUCUGAGCCUCCUGGACUGGCAAAGCUUCCUUUGCCCCACCCACCCCACCCUCUCAAUUCUGACCUCCGAUGAGCUUCUGAGCCCUGCCGCUCCACUUUUUUGAUAUAUCACAUUAUAUCAUAACUUUAAUUCCUGCUGCCCUGCAUAGUGCACAUAAUAAUAUGAUAACGGUUGGAUAAUGUCUUAGCUGGCGCAAUUACUGGAAUAUUGUAAUGACAUAUAUGAUAAAUAAUAGAGGCGAGGCAGUGUUCAUGGAUCGCCACCUGUACAUGAAAUCAAUCACAGGGAAAGUUUGAAAUCCAGUUGAUUUUGGUAUUAUCUGUUUUUACAAAUUAAUUUUCUUGAUCUAGCAUACUCCCAAAUGUUUUCAGCCAGACUGCCUGGGUGUUUGUCUCACUAUGCCUUUCUGUUGAGGCAAAACUGGAGGAUUUAAAGACACAGAGUCACUGGCUCCUAUUUUUUCUUCCCCAAGGCCUUAGACCCUGCUGCAGACACAGUUCGCAGCUAGCUGCAGCAUCAUCUCAAAAUGGCUGAUGUGAAGUGGUUGUGCACCCAACAGACUAGAAGAGCGUUUGGAGACACGGAUCAUGUUUUUCCACAGAGCUGCUUAUCCCGUUCAUUCCUUUCUCACCUACAAAAUGUCGGCUGUAAAUUUACUUCACCACACUGACAAACAUAGUUACCCAAACACAGUCUUUUCCCAUGGAGUGGAUAGCACAUUCACUUUAAGUAUGUUCAUUCUUUAUUUAAAUAGUGGGAAAGCAGCUGGGGAGACAUGGAUCCAGAGGUGGUGGACUUACUUAAAUAUAGUCUCAUGGGAAGUUUUGCAGGCUGUUUUUGGUUUUUAGGGCUAAUCUUCAGGAUGGGCGAUAAUGUAUAUUUGCUUCUAUUUAUUUGUCACAUUUUACCUUUUUAGCUAAUAACGUGUAUUUGUUAAUCCCAUUGUUUUUGUAUGAUGUGGCUGCGCAAGUAAUGAUUGUGACGCUUGAUAGAUUUUGCUGAAUGUCUCCGGUUGAAGAUUUGUGUGAAACUGUACCUCAAAUGGUAUUAGUUCGGCUCCAACUCUAUACGUUGAGAUGAGGUCUGAAAAUAUAUUCUUGCCUAUUCCUAACAGUACAAAAAAACUAUAAUAAUAACCAUCCAUUUAAUCCAAGUAUAUUACUAUUACUGAGACGCGUUUACGGUAGAUGUGUAAUUUUUCUCUAGAGACUCCAGGUCAUUUGCCUCUCCUUCUCCACUUGUACCAUCAACAGACUUAGGCUAGAUUCUGUUUAAAUGCCUGUGUUUUACCAUCAUUUUGUUCCUACAGUCUUAAAUGUAAGGUAAGUGGGCACUGGAUUAACAUCUGAUUGGCUCUAAUAUGUCAGCCAGGUUCAAGCAGUUCCCUAAAAGAUUCUGUUAAACGUGGCGUGUCUCUUAAUUCAAACCUAAUCACAUUCAGCCCUUGUGUUAUUACUGAUUCUGCUCUUGGUGGAAAGGGAAAAGGAUGGAUCCGCUGCACGCAUAACAAGACUGGAAUUUGUACCCUGAGUAAGUAAAAAGUAGGUUAAGGACUGGAGGUCACAAGUCUUUGAUCACAUCACAGCAGGUGAAUAAAGGGUCGAAAGCUUUUUAGCUUCAGUUAGAACAAUCAGAAAAAACAUGAACCCUUUAAAUGUAGACUUGAACCACUAAUGGUAAAUGUAUGUUUCUUCCAGGAAAAUGAAAAAGGCUACAGUGAAAGUAAGACAAGGGGAGAGGAUCUACCAGAGAUUAAUGAGUAAAAGACAGGUGAAGUUGCAGCUGGAGCUCUGUUGUCAGGGCCUCUCGUGGGUGUAGAAUCAACCAUUUGACUGCUCGUUUUUGAUAAAGUAAGAUAACAAGGCAGAAAGGCUUUUAUGCUUUUAAAAUGACUGGAACUUACUUUGUACAUUUGCUGAAUGGCAUUUUGACUUUGACAGACUAGUGUUACCAUGGCUCUACCUCCAAAUUUGUUUGGCACUGAACAUAAUGAAUUUUUGUGGGAAACAAGUAAACCCCAGCUUAUAUUUGUUCAGUUUGGUCUUUGCUGGUACUAUAGGUUUGCAUCUACUUCGGAGCUCACAGUAUCACAUCUCAGUCUGCUGAAAAAUGUAUCCUGAACUGGCUUUCCUUGUCAAUACCUGAUGACUUAAAACUGGAAUUCUGUAUACACUUUUCUGUGUUGUUGUACAAGGACCACAAAUCUCAAAACAUAUAUAAAAGGGAUUUAUUGAAGUGAAUGGGAGGGAAAAAAGAAACAGAAUUUGACUGAUGACAGUGGAUUUAACAUAGAGUGAAAAAUCACUGAGGUAGGCCAAUUUGACCAUUGCGUAUACUGGUGAAAACAAAGUCCAAAUAACUGACCGUUUUCCAGAGUUUACACUUUGAAACAAUAAAUUUUCAAUGCACAUAAA